AUGAGUUUCGGGUUCAGUAUCGGCGACUUUCUCGCAGUCAUCGAACUAGCAAACAAAAUCCGGAAGGAAUUCGUUGAUGCACCAUCCCAAUUCAAAGCUAUUAACGACGAAGUCCGCAACUUGUCGUUCAUAAUACAAGAUGUUGAAGUCGACUUGUCUGGCAAAGAACUCAGCGACAGCCAGAAAUCUGAACUGCAAACCAUCGCGGAUAGCUGUCGCUGCGUCCUCGAUGAGAUUCACCAGAAAAUCAACAUCUACAGGGUGCUGGAAUCUGACCAUUCCACUGGCCUGCGUAGAGUUGUAAGGGUGUGGAAACGACUAAAGUGGGAACCGGAUGAUAUUCAGGACCUCCGGACUCGUAUCAGCAGUAACAUUAGUCUCCUCAAUGCUUUCAACGGAUGCAUUACCCGGCGUGCUGUCGCUGAGUUAUUACAACGUCAAGAUGAGACGGAACGUCAAGAGAUUCUUGACUGGCUCUCUCCUAUAAAUCAUGCUGCGCAACAGAGUGACUACCUGAGCCGAAGCCAGCCUGGGACUGGACAGUGGCUUAUAGACUCACACAAAUUCACAGCAUGGGUCGAGAAGCCAGAGCAGACAUUGUUUUGCCCCGGUAUCCCUGGAGCGGGCAAGACUACCCUUAUGUCUUUGGUUAUCGAUGAACUUUACAAACGCUAUGGAAAUGACAGCGAGAUCGGCAUUGUGUUUAUCUACUUUAAAUUCAAGGACGAGUGGACAAUGAACCAGUUGCUUACUACCCUACUGAAACAGCUGGUUCAGAGACAACCAUCUAUACCAAGUGAUCUGAAAGACAUAUACGACUAUCACCAUAAACACGGAACACGGCCGCCUCCAGGAGAAAUAUCAAGGUGCUUACAUACCAUCGCUAGCUCAUAUAAAAGGAUUUUCAUGGUCAUCGACGCACUGGAUGAAUACCAAUCCCCUAUCCAGUCAUGCGACAGAAUUUUGCCUACUAUAUUCAACCUCCAGGCCCAGUCUCAUGCAAGUCUCUUGGCUACUUCAAGACCCAUCCCAGAGAUCAGUGACCAUUUUAAGGGAAUGCCUACUCUAGAGAUAAGGGCACGAAAUGAAGACGUACAGAGAUAUCUAAGGGACCACCUAGGACGCCUUCCUAGAUUUGUUUCACGAGAUGCAGGGCUCCAGGAUGAGAUCGUUACAGAAAUCGCAGAAGCGGUGGAUGGAAUGUUUCUUCUAGCUCAGCUUCAUCUUGACUCAUUGGUUGGAAAAAUGUCGCCCAAGGCUCUUCGAAACGCUCUGAAACGACUUCCCACAGGGACCGAUGCUGUUAACUUGGCUUAUAAGAAUGCGAUGAGCCGGAUCGAAGGACAGGUGGCUGAUCAGGUUGAAUUAGCCAAAAACGUCCUGGCAUGGGUUGUAUGUGCGAGAAAACGGUUGACUGUCUUGCAGCUCCAACAUGCCCUUGCGGUCGAAAUAGGCGAAGCUUACCUCGAUCAAGACAAUCUACCCGAAAUCGAGGAUAUGGUCUCUGUAUGUGCAGGCCUGGUCACCGCUGAUGCGCGAGGUGGCGUCCUUCGACUAGUGCAUCACACCGCGGAAAGAUACUUUGAGCAAACCUGGAUGGAUUGGUUCCCUAGCGCUCAUAGCAAGAUAGCCGCGACCUGCAUCACGUACCUCUCAUUGGAUAUCUACAAAACUGAAUUCCAACAAACCCUUAGUAUGGAGCAACUCAUUCGGUUCUCUCGCCUUACGCCUAUUGGAGAUUUCGAGGUACUUCUCAAACAAUACCCGCUCUACAUGUAUUCAGCUCGGUACUGGGCAUCACAUUGCCUCAUACAGCAAGGAAGCUAUGAAUUGGUCCUGAACCUUCUGCAAGAUGAGACAACGUCUGCUGCAUGCGGCCAAGCGUUGGCAUUUGGAGAAGAUGACUUCUGGUGCAGGUCCUCUGCUCCUCUGCAAAUAUCAGGGUCUCACCUGGCGGUAUAUUACGGGUUAAAUGAUAUCUUGCAGGGCCUGAUCGAGAAUAGCAGCCAAACAAACACUCCAGACAUGAAUGGUGAAACUCCAUUGUCAUGGGCAGUAAGAAGAGGCAACCAGUCUGUUGUCAAGCUCCUUCUAGAACAGGGUGCAGACCCAAAUACUAGGGAUAAUCAAGUUCGGACGCCGUUGUCACGGGCCGCGGAGCAAGGUUGUGAGACCAUGGUUGAGCUUCUUCUGGACAACGGUGCUGAUCCAAGCAUUAUGGAUCGCGACGCCAGGUCGUCAUUGUCGUGGGCCGCAGAGAAAGGCCAUAAGGAAGUGGUCAGACUUCAUCUAGAGAAGGACGUCGACCUGGAGUCUAAGGAUAAGGAUGGCCGAACACCACUUUCCUGGGCGGCAAAGAAUGGCCACACGGCAGCAGCCGGUCUCCUGUUGAAAAAAGGUGCCGAUCUAUUUGCAAAGGAUGAGAAGGGGAGAACACCUAUUUUCUGGGCAUUUGACAGUCGUGAGAAGUCGAUAGACCGAAGCUCCUAUCAAAGUGCUUUCAGUACAUAUGAUUCUGUUAAGGUGUACGACUAUUAA